AACCAGGCAACCCACUGGUUAGAGCAAGGACUAUAAGCUCACUGGUCAGAGACAGUAGAGAGGACAGGAUGUUCUCUUUCCGUCUUCGGACUACUCGAGGUUCGGGCCUCAAGAAAGACAACAGAGAAGGCCAUGAAGGUGUCUGGAGGCACAGGGUUCGCUCUUGCCUUCAACGCCUGUGGCCAUUUUCCCAAAGGGGGAAAAAUUUGACCAAAGCAAGCCAAGGACAGGACCACACAGACCAGGGUAAGAACUCUUCUGACACACAGGACAUGAGAAAGCCCUGUAGAGACUCAGACAUCAGUUCAGGGACUGUGGUUAAGCUGGUGAACAACUUGGUGCCUUCUCUGCAGAAAGGGGACCCCAGCUUUGUCCCUGCCUUUCUGUCCACAUACCGAAGAUUUGCCACCACCCUACAGGUAUUCACACUUCACAGCUGAUUCUGAGGAGGAUGAACAAGUAAAGAACACCCUCUGUAGCUUCCUGGAAACAUGGAUGGACAAGAACCCUGAGGACUUUUGUGACACAUCAGACCUGUUGCCUCUGAAAUACCUGAAGGCCUACUUGAGUGUGUACAUGCCACACUGUGAUCUUAGUGUUCGUGUCAAGAAGCUGCUGACACAGUUGGAGGAAGAAUAUGCCAAGGAUACCCAGGUCAAAGAUGAGGAAGACUCAGAUCUGGGGAGAGAUACUUCCUCAGAUCCAGAGAUUUUAUGGGUAUAAAUCAGCAAAGAAAAGAGCCACUCUGGAGCCAGAACCAACUUGUGCCCUAGAGCUGGAGGGCACAUAAACCUCCAGAAAGUUCUGGGGUUUAUGAGAUUUGCAGCCAUAUGUGGCAGCAGCAGUUCAGCCAGCACAGCUGAUAGCAGCUGUGGAAACUGUCUCAGUCUGUCUCUGUAGAUACAAGGCAUCUGUCUGUCAUCUCCUGCUUGCUACAGUGGGCCUACGUAUUUAGAGAAUGGCCCUGUCACCUGUGAUCAUCAAUUGGAGUCUGUCCUAUAGCUGAGCUGCUAUUCCUGCCCCUCAUGAUCAGCUGCUGAUUUCAAUCCAGCAGCAGUUCCAACCCCACAGCCAGACUACACCUCCCCCGAGAAAUAGGAUUUUAUUAUUUCUGAUGUUUUCAAUGUUGUGUUUAUUUUAAUUAUUAGUUUUAAUAAAUUAUUAAUUUGUUUUACAUUGUCUAAAA